AUGGGCGAGCUUUCGGGAAUUAAGCCGCCUCAGAUGGAAUGGAAUGACUCUGACUUACCCAUGGCAUUUAAAAGCUUCAAACAAUAUUGCCAGCUAGUCUUUGAUGGGCCCUUGAACGCGAAAGAGGACAAAGUCAAGGCAACCUAUAUUCUGCUCUGGAUCGGCGAAGAGGGCCGGAAAAUCUUUAACUCUUUUGACUUGACCGCUGAUGAGAAAGCGAAACCUGACGCAAUUUUUGACAAGUUUGCAACAUAUCUGGAACCUAAGUCAAAUUUUCGGAUUGCAAGAUACCAACUACAAGGCUUCAAACAAGCUGAUGAUGAAAGUGUAGAUUCGUUCAUGGCCAGGUGCAAAAUACAAGCCCAGAAAUGCCGAUUCAGUGACGCCGAACUAGAGGAGCGGUUAAUUGAGCAAUUAAUUAUUGGUACUCGCGAAAGAAAGAUACAAGAAGUCCUCUUAGGAAAAGAUGAUAAGUUAAAGCUUGACAAAGCCAUGGACAUUGCCCGGACAAGGGAAGCUACGGUAAAUGAUAUGAAAUCCCUUGACCAACAAGGUGCGUCAGCACCCGCUCGUUCUCAUGACACUAACGUAGAUGCUAUCAGACAGAAUUCCAACCUCAGAUGUGGAAAAUGUGGUCUCAGCCAUGAAAAAAAAAGUGCCCAGCUCAAGGUACAAGGUGUAGAAAGUGUAACCAGUGGAACCACUGGGAACAAGUGUGCAGAAAUAAACAAGCACAGGAUCGGAAAGCUAAACCUUCACUCCGGAAGCAGCCUGGGGGCUGGAUACCGCACGCCAAGUCAAGUCAGAACAAGAUACACACAGUUGAGGAGACAAAUUCAGACUCUGAUGAGUUGUGUUUCGAGACAAUUAAAAUUGACAGUUCCAAUGUUACUCCAGUAA